AUGAGCAGCAGCUUUGAGCCACCUCCGAUCGAGAUGUACACCCAACGAGCAUACGUAUACCCAGAUCCGCCCCCACCACAGCGUCAACGUGUGUCGCAUACGACACAGCUUGAGCGAGGAUUGACAUCAUCCUCCAUGGCCUCGUCGUCGCACGCGCCUUCCAGUCGAUCGGCACAGUCGGUCGUACGGCCGUCGUCCUCGUCGCCACCACCUCCCGAGCGACCACGCACCCAAAAAGUCAAAGCCGGAUCGACAUCUGGAAAGGCAACCUCGAGUAGGCACUCGGCCUCGACUCAAAGCACGCGUCGUCCCAUCCCUUCGUCGUCGUCGUCAGCAUCGUCCAGUGUGUCGAUGGGCGCCUCAGUGCCGAGCUCGUCUCGCCUGUCCGCUCCCUCGUCGACAGCUACCCAGCGCAAAAGGUCAAGAUUUCAGCCGGGUGAUGGAUUCGCCAUGGACUUUGGCCAACGUCGGACCACGUCUUGUCUGCUCCCACCCCCGUCGCUCCCUCCAGCUCCAUCGGUGUCGAGAUUGACAUCCGAGCAGCCCAUCGCGUCCACGAGUCGGAUCAUAGCACCGCACAGAUCCUCACCGCCCAGGUCUCCUCAGAUACAGACCGUGCACCGAACAACCACCCCGACUCGUCCUCAAGCGGUGGACUGCGAACGGUCACCGUUGUCAACUCCACGAGCUUCUCAAUACCCACCGCAAUCGACCAUACCCCAGCCAUCAUCCGCACCUCCAACGAAACCACCAAUAGAGGUCAUCUUCCUCUCUUCGUCACCUGAACCCAGUCCAUCCAGCACGGGUACGAUCCUUUCAUUAUCUACGCCUCGUUCCAAGCCAGCUCCCGCACUCCAUCCCUCCGUAUACGCCAAGCUUGCCUCACUCGACAAAGAUCUCAUCUCCGAUCCUCACCUCGCUCCUUCCAUUCUCUUUCAAUGCGAAGUCGUGAACCAUGGUCCGGCCACGUACGAACAAAGGGACGAAGCAGGACGUAAAAUUCUCAAACGCACUCGCAGAGGUCGACGGCAGGAAGAUGACUUCUGGCCUCGGAGGGAAGGUCCGACAAGACCUUGGGUCUCACCGAAUUGGAUCGACGAUCACGUCAAUGUCGAUAAGCUCAAACGGAGGAUCGAGGAGAAGGAACACUUUGUCGCGAAUGUCAAGAUCAAGGAUGUUGUGGAUGAGACGAGUGUUCAAGGGAUGAGCGAACUCCUUGUUGACGGGGUCGAGAUGUGCAUCCUCGGCAAGGAGUUUCCGCUCAAGAGGGUCGUCGUCGUGGGGACCAUUGUGGGGGAUGAUUGGAAGCAUGACAAACCUGUCUACUAUGGUGAGUUUGUGCCGUGGUGAAGCACCUUUGUUGGUAACAGCUUCUCAUCUGCUGCUUUGCUGCUUUCAUUUCAUAGUCGAUGACGGUACGGGCGUUGUCGCUUGCGUUUGUACGACCCAAGAAGGACUACCGCAGAUCGCAUUGCCCAGGGAAUCUUACCAGGCAUCACUAGCCUCCCCCACAAAGCAACCUCGAAAACGCAAAGUCUUGGACGCUUUACCCGAGGACGAGAUCGAUGCAACGUUCGAAGUUGGCACACUCGUUAGAGUGCUGGCGAGGGUGGAAAAAGCGAGCCUGAAUUUUGCCGGGAGGAGAUAUCUGAGCGUCAUCAAGAUGGGUGGGUCAGCUAUAAAUGAGCGGGCGAUCGAGUCUUCAUACUCAUCUUUGUAUGUGACGGCUGCUCACAGAGUUCCUCAAAGACCCCAACGCCUUCAUCACGCACCAACUGCUCGUCCACGAACUGCACGAACAAGUCUAUUCUCAACCCUUCAACCUCGCACUCCGAUUCGAAGAAAUUCACCAAACCGACCUCUCCCUCGCCGAUACCACGAGCGAUGCGCUGUCGACACCUCCUUCAACGCCGAAAAAGUAUCGACUUCCUCGAGCUUCAAAAUUAUUACCGGAGGAUUUGACGCCUUCGACUUUUGCGCACUACAUAAAGUUUCAUUUGAAGAGACACUUUGUCGAACUUGGGACUCGGACAUCGGAGGAUGAGGAUGAUAGCUUUUGUGCGGCGAAUUUUGGAGAGGUCCCUUCGGAUCCCGAGGUUCCUAUCGAGUUCACGUUGGACGACUUGAAGCGCGAUCGGGAUUUGAUCAAAUUCGCGACGAGGAUGGUCAGGAUUCAACAUAUGGAGAUGAAGAGGGUUAGGAUGAUCAAGCAGGAGAGGAUACUGAAGGGGAGUAAGAAGACGGCUUGGGUGGAGAAGGCGAGGUGGUACGAGGGUGGGGUCACGCUGUUGGCUCCUCCUGGCAGUCGGGGAGGAUCGGCGUGGUUCUUGAAUGCUGGAUUGAAGAAGGGGGCAAUUGGGAGUGAGAAGAGCUCGAGGAAAUCGAAGCGCGAGCCCCAAGAGACCGAGGCCAUGCUGGACGGUGAAAGGUUGGACAAGGCCAUCAACUCGGCCUUUACGGCGGCGCUGAUUCGGUUGAGGGAGCAAGGCGAGAUCAUCCUCACGCCCGAGCAAGAGGAUCCGGACGCCCUCGCACGAUUACUCGAUCCUGAACCUGAAACCGAGUCGAUCCCAGAGGAUCUACCGGACCAACCUCAGUGGGGGAAACCAGGCAAGAAGAGCCCAUCGAAACGAACAAAGGCACGGGAUCCCUUGGCACUCGAAGGUUUCACCUCGCUCGAGCCGUCUCCCUCCCAAGCGCAAGAAGCAAGUCCCAGCCCGCUCAGCGAGCAUCGAGCAAACAAAGGCAACUACGAACACAACGAUGAACGAUUCGUCAUGACAUUCGGUACCCCUGAGAAAGACGAGGAGGCAUGCCCAUAUUGGAACGCUCGGGUAACGGUCCCAUCUAUCAUUCAAACUCCUCCACGCAAGUCACACUCUUGGCUCUCCCCUCCCACUCGUCGCGUCCAAACAUACCAACUCGUCACGACGACCUCCCUCCUCGUCCCCGUCUACCGAAUCAUCACCAACCUCUACACCGCUUCGAUCGAAUCCUGCGCCGCGACAUGGAAAGCCCGCCAACACGUCUCGGUCAUUGAAGAACAGAUUCGAGGCGCGAUGCUCCAUGAUGAGGUGUGGGAACAGGUGGGGAAGAAGAGUCAUUUGGUCAAUGAGGCGGUCAAGGAAUUGGUGUUGUUGAACAAGGUUGAGUGGGUCAAGAUGGGCAAUGAGAAGACGGGGCAGUACUUUGUUGAAGGGGCGAAGCAUGCGGUGAGGUUGAAGGGGAUGAAUGGGAUGGGUGGAGUGGCCAAGAAGAGCACGGCGGCGCGGAAGAGGUAG